UCCACCAAGACAAUGCAAGCUCGCACACAAAAAACAAGGCAGUAUUUAACGGAAGAAAACGUGGAAUUAUUGGACCAUUCUUCAUAUAGUCCCUAUCUAGUCCUAACGAUUUCUUUACUUUCCCGAAAAUUAAAAACAGACUGCGUGGUCAAAGUUUCCAGUCACCAGAAGAAGCAGUUGACGCAUUCAAAAAUGCCGUUUUGGAUCUGCCAGCAAACGAGUGGAAUAACUGCUUUGAAAAUUGGAUCGAGCGCAUGCAUACCGUGUUGUUUUAUUUCCAUAUGCAAAACUUAAAAGACAUCCCUCGUAAUAAACUCAUAACAUUUUUUUGAAUUUACAUAACCCUAUUACAUAUUUAGACCAUAAUAAUUAUGAUCCACGAAGCAAAUCCAACAUUGUAGUGCGAAAACAAAA